AUGCUGACGCGAUUCCCCCCAUCAGCAGAGGAGGACUUGGCGGCAAAGGAGGUAUUGGCAGCGGAGCAGGCCGUAGCAGUAGAGGAGGCAACAGCAGAGGAUGGCUCAACAACAGAGGAUGAGUUUGGAGGAGCACAGGAUGCAGCUGGCUCAGGCACUGUGGAGUCGGCAACUGGGGCUGGGGGGACGGAACUGCUGAGUGGGUGGAGGAAGCAGUAUGAGGAGUUCCUUGGAAAGGAUCUGUUGGGCAAGCUGCAGGAGGUUACGGAGGAGCAGGCACGGCUGGCCAUCGAAGCACACGACUGGGCUCGAUUUAUAGAGGAGAAUGAGAAGGCUGGCAAGGGGGAAGCUAUCAAGGAGACAUGGCGCAGUGUGCUGGACAUUAAGCUGCUUCGAAUGGAGGAGCAGCAGUGCGAGGAGGAGGAGGAGGAGGAGGAGGAGGAGGAGGAGGAGGAGGAGGAGGAGGAGGAGGAGGAGGAGGAGGAGGAGGAGGAGGAGGAGGAGGAGGAGGAUGAGGAUGAGGAGGAGGAGGAGGAGGAGGAGGAGGAGGAGGAGGAGGAGGAGGAGGAGGAGGAGGAGGAGGAGGAGGAGGAGGAGGAGGAGGAGGAGGAGCGAGGAGGAUUAGGAGGAUUGCAGCAGCGGAAUUGGGAUUUAAGGGGCCUGGAAGGGGAGUGGAAAGGAGUAGUGGAGCUGGAUAGCAGAGGAGCGGAGGAUCAGGGGAGAGGAGCAUUGGAGAGGGGACACGAAGAGGAGCAGGGGAGAGGGGCAGGGGAGAAAGAGGGGGGGGGGGGGGGGGGGGAGGGGCGGGGGAGAGCGGCGGGGGAGGGGGAGAGGGGCGAGGGAGAGGGGCAGGGGAGGGGGAGAGGGGCGAGGGAGAGGGAGAAGGGCAGGGGAGGGGGAGAGGGGCAAGGGAGAGGUAGAGGGGCCAAGGGUUACGGAAGAGCAGGCACUGUCGGCAAUCAAAACACACACUUGGGGUCGAUUCAUUGGGGGGUUUGA